AUGGUGAAAAAGAAAAGUCUCGAAGGACUUUUCUCUUCUUGUUGUUCUGAUCCAACAUAUAAAUUUAUGUUUACGGGAUUUGUUUUUCUCCUGCUUCCUGGAGUUUUACAAAGCCUUCGAUGGGAUGACGGGAACGAAUCUUCAGCAGAAGUUGGUCGCAGUGACAACAUGAAAUCUUUUUAA